GAUUUAUGGCUGCGGCAGGGCUCGCAGGCUGGGGAGGCCACCUGCCCAUCCCCGCUCGGUGCCCCCAGCCCCCGUUCCCCGGGCAGAUGCUCCUCUCUGGCUGCUCCUCGUUAAUCCAACGGCGCGGGGCGAUGCCGGGCGGGAGCAUCUGCCUCUCCCCUGCUGCCACUGCCGCGUCCCCUGCCCAGACGCGUGGGACGGGCACGCUGGGCACGGCCUCGGGGUCCCUUCCCUCCAGCCGUGUCCCCUCUGCCUGUCCCGGUACACUGGCUCCUGACAGCCCUUUGCUGGGGGACCCUCAAGACCGGAGGGUGAGGUCAGGCAGCGCCGUGGAGUGAGGGGUCGAGCCGAGCGCAGCCCGGCGGCACCUGGGGGUCCCGCGGUGGUCCCGGUAACGCGCACCCCUGGCUCGUUGCAGGCCGGGAUUUGAGGCGGGGGCCCGGCGCCCGCGCCAUGGGGAACUCGGUGAGCCGGCCCAGCUGCCUGGGCGAGAAGAGCCGGCGGCCGGAGGAGCUCCUGCGGGAGCCGGGGCUGGACGCGGGGCAGCCACCCGCAGGAGGCGUCGCGGAGGCCUGGCCGGUGCUGCUGGAGAAGGCGGCGGUGCCGGUGGAGAAUGGCUGGAGCCCGGGGCCCGGUGUCGCCCGGAGCCGGCCGGGCAGCCCGGUGCUGAGGCGCAGCCAGUCCGAGGUGGCCGUGCAGAACGGGAGUGCGGCUGCAGUGCGGGGGCAGGUGGGGGGCGCGACCUGGACCCCCCCCCGGGCCGGCGCUCCCCGCAGCACCUGGUCCUGGAAGCCUGUCACCACCCGGGAGGUGACCGAGGUGACGGAGGUGACCGAGACCAUCGUGACGGAGAUCGUGGAGGUGACCGAGUACCCGGCGGGUGACAAGGGUGGCGAGCCCGUGGUCACCCGCACGGUCACCGUGCUGACGGAGUGCGUGGGGGAGCUCGCUGCUGCUGCUGCUGGACACACGGAUGGCACCGAGGUGACCGACGGACAGAGAGCCUUGCUGGGAGGACGCUGUGCCAGGCUCUGUGCCACAGCGCUGCCCUCCAGCGGGGUUUUCUCCUGGCCUUGGGCUCGUGUGGACUCGCUGUCUGUGCCCUGGUGUAGGCAGGGCUGGUGGCACCGUUUGUGCUGGGCACCCAGCCUGGUGCUGGAGGACAGGGAGCUCCCUUCCCUCAGCUCUGGCUGGAGGGGCCAUGCAUCUGGAGGGUUCCAAACGGCACCAAGUGUGCAGCCCCUGCUUUGGGGAGCCCUGUGAGGGAUGUCAGGGAGGAUCCCACGGGCUGGACAGGGUCCCACUGUCACCAGUAUCACCUCGGAGAGAGUGCACGGUGUGGGGG